AUGUCCGUUAUAGCUAAGACCUACUUUUUCCCAGCAAUUAAUAAGGCAAUGAUCAUUUGCUUGUUACUCCUGUGCACAACUGCUUCCAUUGAGAGGACGUUCAGCACCUUCAAGAGAGUAAAGACCUGGUUGAGGUCCAGAAUGGCGCAAGAAAGAUUAAGUGGGCUGUGCAUGAUGAGUCUACACAGAAAAUUAGUAUCGAACGACCAAAAUUUCGAGAGAAAGGUUUUGAAAAAAAUUCGCAGAAAAGGAAACAAGAAAGUUAAAUUUAUUGUAGUCUUUAUUUUUGAUUUUAUGUACUGCAUCUUCAAAUCAUUAUUAAAAUGA